AUGUCCCUCUUCAUUUACCACACUACUUCAGAGGUGCUUAUUCUCCUUGUAUACGUCGAUGACAUUUUGGUCAUUGGAAGCAGUCAGAAACUGAUCUCUCACUUCAUCUCCUAUCUCCAUGAUAAGUUUGCACUCAGAGAUCUUGACCCUCUGUCCUAUUUCUUGGGUAUUCAAGCUCACUAUCAAGGCUCAAUAUUGCACCUCAAUCAGCAGAAGUAUAUUAUAGACUUGCUCAACUGCACUCACAAGGAGAACUCCAAACCUACACCCACACCAGGUAGCCUUGGAAGCACACUCUCUCAGUUGAAUGGUGUGCCUCUACCAAACCCCUUUGAAUAUCAUCGAACAAUAGGGGCUCUGCAAUAUAUCACUUUAACAAGGCAUGAUAUUGCCUUUGCCAUAAACAAAGCAUGUCAGUUCAUGUCUAAACCCUCCGGUGUCCACUGGCUUGCUGUCAAAUGA